GGCAGCCGGGCGCGCACGCUGCUCUCUUCGCGGGGGCGAGGAGGGCUCUUGGAGCUGGGGGCGCGGGGGCGCGCGUUCAAGAGGAGGGGGGAGUUUGUCCCCGACACGUGUGGGAGGCGAUUCGCCCGGAGCACCAGGCUGAGCGGUUUCAGUAGUUUCGAGAUCCCGAGAGUCUCAUCUUUGUUGUGUUUUUCUCCUCAUACGGGCUGUUUCAAGUGGGAGACCCCAACAUUUCAUUUUCCUAAGAAAAUGAGUUGGAUGCAAUAAGCUGACAAUAAUACAUGGAAGGCUGUCUCUCGAGUUAAUCAGAGAAUUCCUCAACACAAAUUGUUCCUUAAAAGGAAUGCUGCCUGUAUGAACAUAUGGACAUCAGACCUGAUCAGUGUCCCCCUGAGAGCUGGGUAAACAAAUGAUAUAGGACCUGCAUGUGCAGAAACAUGAAAAACACACACGAAAUGAAAAGAGAUGAGAAUCAGCCGCCUGUUUGAAGUCUGAAGGUCUGCCUGAGCGUAUUGGGUGGGAACACGCCACCACUGACAUCUGUGGGAGAGUCAUUGAUAAGAAAUAACGAAAGAGUCUGUAUCCCAUAUAUUCCUGUACACACUGGGAUCCAGUAGCGCUUCGAACGGGAGGUAGGGCUCAUCCCAUACUGGAUGUUGGUUUACAACAACACUAACAGAAAUUCUUCUUCACAGACUGAAAAAAGACACCGAAUCUGAUGCAGGGAGGCAGACGCGCACAAUUGCUUUUCCUGUAUUUAAUACUUUGACCUCAUCUUAAGGCAAACAAGUUCGUAUGGAGACAGAUCUCAGAAAUUCGUUGUUGAAAUGGUUGAGAUUUAAACUACACAUUUCAAAAGAAUAACAGUCUGUCACCCCUUCCUCUUAAACAUACGCCUAUUAUAUUUCAGCCGACACUGGUCUUCCACUGCUGUAACUAAGACAGGCCCAUUCAGUGAGUUUAUGGUAACGCUGUGGGCAACGGUUAGCAACAGUAGUUAAUUUCGUACGCCGAUCUUCCAAUAGACUACCGCAUAAAUGAUAACGCAGCCUGCCUCUGUCCAAUAAUUCCUUCUAAAUUAAUCUACCCACGUAUCACUGUAGAAAUCGUAUGGUGUAAAGGUUCUUGAAAAGUAUUAACCGUAUUCAUAUAUGUUAAAUUGGCUGAUUCAGUUUUAACGGGUUUUUAAUGCAAGUUAAUUCCCAUUGCGCUAAUACCUUUAAACUAUGACUAUCGCUUCUACAGGAGAAAGCGAUAAAGAAACGCUCAAAACUUGUUCGUCUGAUCACUCCGGCGGGAUAUGAAUGUAUUUUUUGAGAACGAAAUAAGCCAGGUUUAAAAAUACUACGCGGCGGUGCCUAUUUUUAGAGACGACACAUGGUUCGGAGAGCCACAGGAAGUCAGCGCAAGGCUGCGCAUCCGUGUGUCUCACUAUAUCGCUCCGGCUGACCGAGAAUGGUGAAACAGUCCGCUUCUGUCACAGCGUUACCGAUUCCCGAAAUAUCCGAGAGAGUGGCGCUUCAGAGGGAAGAGAUGUGAACCGUGUUCAGCAGGAACAGCGCCGAUGGGUCGCGGGUUCUGUCAGACGCCCUGGUGACAUUACGGACACUGUUUCGGGAGGGGUGUGUGCCCUUUCUUUUGUAUGGCGGGUCUGUCUCAGCUGGCGUUGAGGCUUCCGGGGUCCGCCGGCAGGACUUACGGAGUGUUUUCCAAAGGUCUGACGAGGACUUUAUUAAUCUUUUUCGAUCUAGCCUGGCGGCUAAGGAUCCGUUUUCCCUACCUCUACCUCAUAGCCUCAAUGAUGUUCAAUGUGCGAUUACAGGUGAGCGAUUUCUCUCUUACCUACGCCACAGGUCCAUAUUGAAAUACACUAGUGAAUCUAAGGACCCUGAGAACGACACGUGAUUUUUAAGCGGACGAUGCUUUCUAACCCAGCCUUUGGCUGACUUCCACUACAUAUGUAAUGCUGGGAAAAUCAAGAUGAAGAAUGACGCAGCCGAGUUACGUCAUCGUUUCCUCCCCGCCCCCUUUUUCGAGAGGGAGGUUCGUGCCUUAUUUCACGGAGGGCACUGUGACGUCACCGCCGAGGCCCAGCGCUGCUUCCGGCGGAGCACGGCGCCAAGUUGCCAGACCUUUUGGAAGAGGAAGUCUCCUUUUCCGGUCUUUCUGCUUUUUUUCCCCCGGGAUACUUAUAGUAAUGAAAGGAUAACAGUUGUGCAAUAUUUGAGUGCUUUAGUAGACGGGUGACCAGACAGCGCACGCCAGCAGUCCCCCGCUCGCAUCUCAACGUACUCAUCUCAAACACGUAAACUCGAGGAAUCUUAGUGGGUCAUGGAUAGCACGAUGUCCUUUAGGCCACUGCAAGGCACGUACUGUAACCCUGACAACUGCUGAUACAACCAGGAGCUGCCCUUGAUGGACUUCCUGCCUGUUAUCCAGCAGCUGCAGAGGGCAAGGUUUGAUUCCAGGGCAGCAUGGUGCCGUGUGCUCUGGGGGGGCGGGGCGUGCAGUCGUCAUGUGCUCUGGGGGGGCGGGGCGUGCAGUCGUCAUGUGCUCUGGGGGGCGGGGCGUGCAGUCGUCAUGUGCUCUGGGGGGCAGGGCGUACUGACCUGUGAGACCAGUCGCCCCACAGGAAGGAAACACCCCACUACCCAGCUUGAUGCUGCUCUUCUCUCUGGUGUCCUCAGAAGGGGGUCUGUGGGGCCUGUCACCCCGGGGUGACUGUCUGGAUCUUAGUGUUUGUUCUGCAGCAGUGAGCACUUACCUGGCAGACCCACUCCGACUAGCCUGUGGCUCAGAGUUCAAUGAGAAGUGCAAGACAAUGCUUAUUCCUGAGUUACAGCUGUGUGUCGAUUUGUUUUAGAUUUUAAGAAUUUGUAAAUGCUGCUUUUUCACCAUAGGUUUUCAAUCCUCUAAACAAUAAAUUAACAAAAUAUCUCAUA